GCGCCCGGCCACUCCCCGCCGUGCCUGCGAGCGUCCCCGCCGCGGAGCGAGCGACCGCGGGGCUGCCGCCGAGCCGCCGAGAUGCCGGGCCCGUGGCUGCUGCCGCCCGCUGCCCACUUGCUCUGCGUGUGCGCGAUCGCGGGGGCCGCCGCCGCCGCCGGGCCCCGCUUUCUGGUGAGCGCGCCAGCGAUCAUCAGGCCUGGAGGAAGGGUCACGGUGGGGGUGGAGCUCCUGGAACACAGCCCUGCGGUGGUCACUGUGAAGGCCGAGGUGUUGAAGACCUCAUCCAAUCUGACAGUCUCUGUCCUGGAAGCAGAAGGAGUCUUCCAGAAAGGUUCCUUUAAGACACUGACUCUGCCUUCACUCCCUCUGAACAGUGCAGAUGCCAUUUAUGAGCUACGCGUCACAGGACAGUCUCGGGAUGAGAUUUUAUUCUCCAAUAGCACACGCUUAUCCUUUGAGACCAAGAGAGUGUCUGUCUUCAUUCAGACAGACAAGGCGCUAUACAAGCCCAAGCAACAAGUGAAGUUCCGGGUUGUUACCCUCUUAUCAGACUUCAAGCCUUAUACAACAACACUGAAUAUUCUAAUUAAGGACCCCAAGUCCAACUUGAUCCAGCAGUGGCUGUCACAGCAGAACGAGCUCGGAGUCGUCUCCAAGACUCUCCAGUUAUCUUCCCACCCCAUGCUGGGUGACUGGUCCAUCCACGUUCAAGUGAAUGACCAGACAUAUUAUCAAUCAUUUCAGGUCUCAGAAUAUGUAUUACCAAAAUUUGAAGUCACUCUGCAGACACCAUUAUACUGUUCUUUGAAUUCUAAGAAUUUAAGUGGUACCGUCACAGCAAAGUAUACAUAUGGGAAGCCAGUGAAAGGAGAUGUAUUGCUUACAUUUUUACCUCUAUCCUUUUGGGGAGAGAAGAAAAAUAUUACAAAACAAUUUAAGAUCCACGGAGCUGCCAACUUCUCUUUUAAUGAUGAAGAGAUGAAAGAGGUUAUGGAUUUUUCCAGCGGGCACCUGGAGCACAUGGACUUAUCUGUCCCGGGGCCGGUAGAGAUUCUUGCUACCGUGACAGAGUCAUUGACAGGUAUAUCAAGAAACGCGAGCACCAAUGUGUUUUUCAAGCAGCAUGAUUACAUCCUGGAAUUUUUUGACUACGCCACUGUCUUGAAGCCAUCUCUCAAUUUCACGGCCACUGUGAAGGUGGCUCGCUCUGAUGGUCACCAGCUGACUCCUGAGGAGAGGAGAAAUCCGGUGCUGGUGACAGUGACGCAGAGAAACAGCAGCAGUCCCUGGAGCAGGUGGAGCGGGGAGCCCGAGGGCUCCCACACUGUCUGGCACAGGAAUUACACGCUCCCCCCCCACGGAAUCUUCCAGAUCCAGUUCCCCAUCCUGGAUGACGCCAGUGAGCUCCAACUAAAGGCUUCUUUUCUGGAUAGUGUGGGUCACAUGGCUGUUCACGGUAUGUUUACUUCUCCUAGUAAGACAUAUAUUCAGCUGAAAACGAGAGAUGAAAACAUAAAGGUGGGAUCACCUUUUGAGUUGGUGGUUAGCGGCAACAAACAAAUGAAGGAAUUUAGCUAUAUGGUGGUAUCCAGGGGACAGUUGGUGGCCGUUGGCAAACAAAACUCAACAACCUUCUCUCUAACACCAGAACAUUCUUGGGCUCCAAAGGCCUGUAUCAUAGUAUAUUAUGUUGAAGAUGACGGGGAAAUUAUCAAUGAUGUUUUGAAAAUUCCUGUCCAGCUUGUUUUUAAAAAUAAGAUCAAAUUAUUUUGGAGUAAGGCGAAUGCUGAGCCAUCUGAGAAAGUCUCCCUCAGAGUCUCCGUGACUCAGCCUGACUCUGUAGUGGGGAUUUUAGCUGUGGACAAAAGCGUGAAUCUGAUGAAUGCCUCAAAUGAUAUUACCAUGGAAAACGUUGUCCAUGAGUUGGAGCUUUAUAACACUGGAUAUUAUUUAGGCAUGUUCAUGAAUUCUUUUGCUGUCUUUCAGGAAUGUGGUCUCUGGGUAUUGACAGAUGCAAAUCUUGCGAAAGAUUAUAUUGAUGGUGUUUAUGACAAGGCUGAGUAUGCAGAGAGGUUUGUGGAUGAAAGUGACGCCUACCUGGUGGAUUUGCAGGACUUUUCCUCCAUCAGCAAUCCUCGUGUCAGAAAGCAUUUUCCAGAGACUUGGAUUUGGCUGGAUACCAAAAUGGGCUCCAGGAUUUUCCAGGAAUUUGAAGUUACCGUACCAGACUCUAUCACUUCGUGGGUAGCCACUGCCUUCGUGAUCUCUGAAGACUUAGGUCUUGGACUCACAACAACUCCAGUGGAGCUACAAGCCUUCCAACCAUUUUUCAUUUCUUUGAAUCUUCCCUACUCUGUCAUCAGAGGUGAAGAAUUUGCUUUGGAAGUAACCAUAUUCAAUUAUUUGAAAGAGGCCACUCAGGUGGAGGUGAUCGUUGAGAAUAGCGAUCGGUUCGACGUUCUGAUGACUUCCAAUGAAAUCAAUGCCACGGGGCACCAGCAGAUGGCGCUGGUCCCCAGCGAGGAUGGGGUAACGCUGCUCUUUCCGGUCAGGCCCACGCAGCUGGGGGAAACCCCCAUCACAGUGAAAGCCGUUUCACCCACGGCCUCUGACGCCAUCACCCAGAAGAUUCUAGUAAAGGCUGAAGGGAUAGAGAAAUCAUAUUCACAAGCCGUCUUGUUAGACUUGACUGAUAGCAAGCAGCAAACUACUCUGAAAACCUUGAGCUUCUCGUUUCCUCCUGACACAGUCAGUGGCAGUGAGAGAGCUCAGGUCACCACCGUGGGAGAUAUUCUUGGCCCUUCCGUCCAUGGUCUGGCUUCCUUGAUUCAGAUGCCAUAUGGUUGUGGUGAACAGAACAUGAUAAAUUUUGCUCCAAAUAUUUACAUUUUGGAUUAUCUGACUAAAAAGAAACUCCUGACAGAUAACAUAAAGGAGAAAGCCCUUUCAUUUAUGAGGCAAGGUUACCAAAGAGAACUUCUCUUCCAGAGGGACGACGGGUCUUUCAGCGCCUUUGGGAAUGACGACCCUUCUGGGAGCACUUGGCUGUCCGCCUUCGUCCUGAGGUGCUUCCUGGAGGCCGAGGCCUACAUCGACGUGGACGAGAGCGUGCUGCACCGCGCCUUCGCCUGGCUCCGCGCGCACCGGCGCGCCGGCGGGGCCUUCUGGGAGCCCGGGCGCGUGAUCCACCCCGAGCUGCAGGCCGCGGGCGGCGGCUCCCAGCCCGCCACGCUCACCGCCUACGUCCUCACCGCCCUGCUGGCCUACCGCAGCUCCAAGACACACAGCUGA